CAACAAUGAAGAAGACUCGACUUGAUACUUCUUGUAUUGAGAAAUGUUACAAAGACUAGUGUAUCAUGUUUUGAGGAAGUGACAGACUCUUUGCAUUAACUUUUAAAGAAACCGUCUGCUUAUAGGAAUCUCAUUAAAGUGUUUCAACUUUAACAGUAGAAGAAAAAGGACUUGGACGUUCUGAUAUUCGAGCGGAAGCAGAAAAAUUUCUAUUUCUCGAAUCAUAACAAAUUCAUUUUUUUUGGAAGCUAGUUAUAUUUUUGUCGUUCAGUUCAUUGUGAGUACGAAAUAUACCAAUCAAGUUUUAAGAAACUUUAGAUAUGACAAGUAUUAGAUAUUACAGAGUGGAGUGUAUCAUGAUGAUGAUGAUGAUGAUAAUGGACAACUUUAUUUAAGACCAUGUGCUUCUCAAUCUUCACGUGUCUCUGCUAGGGAAUGGUUACCGAUUCCUUCUCGUUGUCAAUUGGUUGUUUGUUCGACGUCUAUUUUGAAACAGUUUCUUGGAUCGAAGGCAUGUGAACUAUUCGAAAGGAUUUUUGCAAAGGGCACUAGCGCUUCAACAGAUUCUGAUUUCUUUCUCUUGAGUUCUGCAUUUACAUGCUUGUUGCAGGGAAUAUCAGGAGAUAAAAGAAAGACAAAAUGCGCGACAAGUUUCCGUAGCAGAAGCAGGAGAAGAAAGAGAUAAUCGUCCAAUGAUGAAUAUGACUUUUUCACAAUUGCAAGAAAUUACAGAAAGAAGAGAACAAGUAUCGAUUGGAAAGAGUUUUUUUUCCAAGUCUGCUUUGUUACCCGAUGAAGUUGUAGUACGUUAUGCAUCGACAUUUCCUUAUAUAUUUGGAGACAGUCCUCAAUUGAUUCGAAGAAACUCACUAGAACUAAUGGGCAUACUAGAACAAUACAUUCAACGGAUUCUAGUUGCAACGUUGUUACUGGAACAAUCAGGAAAAAUGAAACAAUGACCCGCGGCUUUGAAAUUCGCGUUAUUUACGGAUAUUCUUCGUAGAAACGCAGUGGAAAGUUGGCUCGCUGUAGUUGUAAGUGGAGUGAGUGUUCUUAUGCUUCCAUUAUUACUGAACCUUACAGCAGCAACGCUGAACUCUGACUUUAAACUUUUCUAUUUUUUUCCAAAAAAAAGAUGAAUAAAGUUCGACGUUUUGUA